AUGGCGACAUCCUUCGCGGCAUAUGCGUCGCAGUAUCUCAACCGCCAGCAAGGGGGUGCUUCGACAGUGAUGUCGGCCUCGACCUCCCAGCCUAUGUUCUUCUCCUUUACAACGGACAAUGACGAGGAAGACGGAGGCCGACGCGGGAAGACGAACGAUAGCGAUCUCGAUGAUUUUGAUGACCCUCAUUUAGGACUUGGGCAGUCUUCGGGUGGUCUGGAAGAGCCAGUUCCCAAGGAACAGGACGAUGAGGAUCCAUAUCUGCGGCUGGACGAAGACGAAGAACUACCACAGGGUAUGGGGAGAAGCAGAGGGUUCAGGCAGCACCAACAACACCAGCAAAGUAUCCCACUUAUUGCGCGUUCGCCGAGCCCUGCGUCUCCGCCGGGGUGGCUAGCCCAUUUGGCGCAGUCUCCUCCUCAGAGACAAACGUCGUCACCAUCGAACGAGUCGAACUCCAGUUCGAGUCCGCCACCGGAUUUGUUUGUGGCAGCCUCACCUCGUGGAGGCAAGAAUACGCACAUACCACCGCCCCCGCCCCAGACACAAUAUAACACCAUUGAACCUCAGUCUCUGUCUUUGACAGAGUCACUGCUGCCUAGAGACGGUAGCGCCCGCCCAUUCCACGUCUUCAGCUUACCCGACCCCCGACAUACACCACGCAAGCGACGGAAACAUCACGAUGCACCGUUUAUAUCCCUAUUCCUUGCGCUCCUCCUAGUUUCAUUCGUCCUGCUCAUAAUCUUGUUGGCCUUUACCUCACGACCUUCAGGGAUACCUGCAUCGCUGCUGCCGUAUACCGUGAUGGUACGGACUGUACCAGUUUUGGUGAUACUUACAUGUAUAAGCGCGGUAGCAGCGUACGCGCAUGUAUGGGCAUUGAGGUGGUUUGUUGGACCUGUUAUGGCCGCGACUGAGGUUGCUGUACCCGCUAUGUUGGGAAUUAGCGCCAUAUGGGCGUUUGUGGGCAGUUUCAUGUGGGAUGAAGGACAAGGGGAACCGACAUGGGGAGAGACCACUGGUCUACGAUUAUUCUCAAUUAUUCCAUUAGUGCUUUGUCUUAUCACCGCUCGGCGCCUACUCUACCUUCCGAAACGAAUACACACAACAUCUUCCACGCUCUCUCUAUCGACAUAUAUCCUAAUGACAAACCCCUUCCUUCUCGCUCUUUCUCCUGCACUUCUCAUAGGUAUGCUCAUUGUCAGCAUACCAUUUAUUACCAUGGUCUUCCGCCUUUUACUUAUUGGAUACACCACUACAAAUAAGGAUGCGGGAAGGGUGGAGUGGCACGUCAAGGCCUGGGCGAAUUGGGCCAUAGCUGGAGUACUGGUGGUGUGGCUCUGGAGCUGGACAGUAGCAAGGGGUGUACUCAGGACUACGUGCGCGAGUGUCGUUGGUGCAUGGUAUUUCUCAGACCCUGCUCUCCCACCGCCUCCACCAACAUCCACACACACAAUUCACGCUGCCCUCACGCGCUCAACCGGACCCUCUCUUGGUUCAAUCAUCCUCGCCGCACUGAUAUUGACUGCCAUUCGUAUUCUCACCAUCCUUACUUUUCUUCUCCAUCGGCUGCCGCCUCUGCUACUGCGCAUUCCCUGGGUUCCACUUGCUGUCCCGGUCGCCAUGUACCUUGUUCCAGGCGUUAGAGCAGCCGCGGCAUGGCUGGAGGAGAAGACGGACCGGGUGAGUAAGUAUGCUCUGGUUUAUGUUGGGUUGACGGGCGUAAGCUUCUGGGAAGGCGCCCGCAGGGGCGGGAGCCUGGUUGGGAGCGGGCGGGAGAGAGAUGUUGCUGAGCCAGAGCAACCGCAGGGCCGAAGACAAGGAAGGAGGCAGGGUAGGGCAGAACAAACGCAGGCACAGACGCCGGUCGCGAAGAAACGUUUCGGUGCUGAACCCCCCCUCGCGCUGUUGACCAUAUCGCCUUUGACGCUUACCUUCCCAUUUGCAUUACUCACAUAUUUGUUCGUUGCACAUACUUUGAAUGCUCCGAAUGAGGCACUCGGCGCGGCUCUACUUGCAGGUGGCACCACUGCCAUUGUUGGGUUGUUCUGUGUAGGAGUUGUCAGAGACACGGCUGACACACUGUACAUGUGCUAUUGCAUCGACAAAGCGGAAGGCGUACGGAGACGUGAAGAAGUUUUCGUCGCAUUCGAGUAUGGUAAUCAAUCACAGCCUCCUAACCAAGCUCAACAUCCUUUCACUGCUGGUCGGAACGCGGCCACAAACACUGGACCGCUUUUACCGACACACAACAAUCCCAACCAACGAGGCAAAGCUCCAGGUGCAGUACCACAACACCGAGUAGGAUCAACGCAGGUGCAAGGACAGCCUGAGACGAUCAUCCCGCGCUCGCCUCUCUCAACCAGAAGGAGUGAUGGAACGGAAUCUAUGUUUGGUGUUGGGCAUGGGAUUGGGCGCGCACCCGGGAUGGGUGGGAGAGAAGAUACUGAGUCUGAGCUGGGGUCUGAAGAAGAACAGGAGGAGGUUCCUGCUCGCUCAAAGCCCAAAUCGGAGCAGAAGAGGAGCGUGCCCAUCUCGCCGUAUCGAGUCGGGUCUGAUUCUGAAGAUGACGAUGAUCAUGGACGGACGCCUACAACAACGAAUGUCCCCGUUAAUGCUCUGAGGCCUCCACAUCCUCUGACAAUGCCCCAUGCGCCAAGUCGUGGGUCCAACCUCCAACCACCUGUAGAAGAAGAGGAAGAAGAUUUAGAUCCGUUCAAGACUACUGGUGCCAAUGUGGAUGAGGAGGUACUUUUGGAGGGGCUAGGAGGCGGUGGGUACCCUUCCACGAGUCCGCGCAAUAACACAGGGGCAGGAUAUCCUACGACCUCUUCAAGUCCACCGGGAAGGGGCGUACAUGCACCUGGACUUGGGCUCGCACAUGGAUUCAAUUUGCACGAACAUAAACGGUCGACCUCGGGAGGCCUUGGUGGACUAGACUUUGGUGUCGGCGCUGCGCCUACGACUCCGACCGCCACAGGCGGUCUCAGUGGCUUUGCCACAGCAGGAGGUGCUUUGGCAGCCGCUCAUCGCGAGCGGAUGAUGAGCAGUACUCAGGAGUUGAAUAUGAAGAGCCAGUUUCUGAUGAAUAUGCGUGGUUCAGGUGCUGGUGCGGGGUCAGGGUACGGAGCGGAUAGUGCGGUCUCUGCGACGACUGGUGGAUCUCGAUCAGGUGCCGAGAGUGAGGGUGAGGGCGAGGAGAGUCAGUUGGGUCCUGGCAGUGACUUUUUCAAGUAG